AUUGCGUUUUGUUAUACUGCUCGCAUAAUCUAUUCGUAUUUCGUAUACAAUUUUUCCAAGGACUUAUAUAGGUAGCGAGCAAGCGCAAUGCUAGAUGAUGUGUCUUUAUUACGAGUGUGUUGUUAAAAUGCUCCAGAUAAUUGUGUUGCUUCACGUGCAAAGCCAAUAGUUUCCUACAUAGGCUGCAGUGGAUAGUACCUACUGGUGUAUCUAUAUAGCCUGCUUUCAUUAAUUUAUACUGUCGGAGAAAGGUGUAUUAUCUAUGUACUAAUCAGAGUGCAACAAGCUCAUGACUAAUGACUGGUGUUUGUUCACAAGUACAGAACUCUCAAAGGAAAAUUGGAUCAGUUACCUUUCAAAUGCUUUCGAUGCAAGUACCAUUUCAACCAAAGAGACUUAGAUCAUUUAUAAAAUGAUCUUAGAUAUUGUACAAAGGAAGAGCAGAAGAAAAAAGAAAAGAUUUUUUGUGCUUUUUUCUUCUCUGCCAAGAUGUUGCAAGCUGUUAGAAUGUUGACAGAGAUGGCAAGGCCCUCAGAUGACAGGUCACGUGGAGAUGCUGCUGGAUCCAGUUCAGAUGCUCAAGCAUCUUUAUCUACAGAAAAUCAGGUGGUGUUCCGAGAAAUUCACAAGAAUGGUUGGCUGCGGCGCACUGACACCAAGCUUGACAAAGAGUCAUCUCGCUGCUGGGUAGCUUUCUGUGUGCACGACGACUUGGAUCCUCGUCUUGAGGGCUUUACAGAUCAGAAGCAUGCUACCUCGCACAGUCCUAUCUGGUUCCAGACUCUACGUAAUGCCCUGCAUCUAUCGCCCACUCUAUGUGCCACUUCUAAGAACGACUAUGAGUUCUGUGUGAACUUCAGUGAUGAUCAAAUACUCAGGCUUGCUGCACCGACCUAUCAAGCGAUGCUAGACUGGGUACAAGUCAUCACUAGGAAGCUUACAGAUAUGAAGGUGCUUAAGCCCAAGGAAAAUCUGUAUUCUAGAGGACCGGAAAGAAUUGUCACCAGGGAUCCUACUAGUCCACUGCCUCCUCCACCUAGUCUGGCAACAUCAAGUUCAAGAGCGGCAGCAAGUUCGGCCUCGCCAUCGACCUCGAGUGCCCCGACGGUCUUUACAUUCGACGACGUGGCAGCAAUCGAGGAACGUUUGAGACCAUCCAGCUCGACGCGACAGCCUGGGAGAGCUGCUCCAUCUGUACCGCUGAGUCCGCGACUCACCGGUGGAGCAACGGCAGCAGCAACUACGGCGGCAAACAGUAACGGUGGAGCUGACGGACUCGGUAACUCCAGUUACGAGAGCGUGUUCCUUGCAUCAUCCUAUCCACAGACCGGAGAUGCUGUCAGAACGACUAAUCUACCUGCAAGCAGAUCGCAUAGCUCAAGCGAUGAGGGUGAGCAGUAUGCCGCCCUGAUCGAGUACCGUACCUCCGACAAUCCAGAGACCAUGGUUAUCGGCUCUACAAGUACGAGUACCAUGAACACUAACAGCACAUCAGCAUCCUCUGCCGUAUCAACUCCAGUAAUAACAGUAGCUCCAGCACCUCGAAUUCGACAACCACGACCGCAGCUGACUUUAAGAGAACAACAGGUGAUGCAAUUGCGCAAAGAGAUGAGCCAUCCUGCAGGUGUAAGAUUCAAGCUUGGCCGUAGAGACUGCAAAGAUGGUAUCGCUUUCGUUGAUUGUUUUGGAGCUGUGUGGAUUGCUGGCUGGAAACAGAAGGAGCUUCCUUUGCUCUACAAUGUGCUGCACAUUGGUGAUUUAGUAUUAAGUGUAGCUGGAAUUCCGCUGAAUGGAGCCAGUUCAGUCAGAGAUAUACUAAAGAAUUAUACUUUCCCACGUGUGGAAAUGAUAGUCAGGCGCCUUCCACACGGCCGCGUGACGACGCUGACUCGCCGCUCCGAGUCGGAGGACUUUGGUCUGGAGAUCGGCAGCGUUAACGAGGUACUCUCGGUCUCGACAAGUGCACAGGCUCUCGGUCUCUCGACGCUUACGAAUGCUGCGGAUCCGUCCGUCGACGUCGGCACCACCGUCAGUUGGACCCUCACCGAAGUCAACAAUCGGCCGCUCAACGUGUAUGAAGGCAACGGUCGCGAUCGUUUAGUUAAUGCCCUGGGAAGAGACGUGUCUGUGGUGCUGCAACCUUCAGACCUGAUGAACGCCAUCAAGAAGAAACUACGUGCCGUCCGCAGCUACAAGAGCUUCAUCCUACAGUGAUCCCAAGAUCUAUGUGCUGUUAACUUCUGUUUUUUGUUUUCUAUAAUGGAGAUGCCGUUCUGGAAGAGGAUAAGAAAUGGUAUCUUAGUUUAUUGGAAGGGUUUCGCGAGUUUUUGAGGACCUGCCAACAUUUUUUUAUUUAGUUUGUAAAUCUACGAACGUAAAAUUUAUUCAUGUCUAUUGAAUUUACACGUGUUUAGAAAAUUUAGAUAAUGAUUGGAAAUGCGCAUGAAGGCAUACAAAUAAGGACUUGUGUAGGAAAAUUAAAUUUAUGUUUUUUAUUAUUAAAUAAUCAUAUUUAUGGUAAAAUUAUUGUUUGUAUUAUCACAAUUGUGUAUCUCAAAUACAAAAAUAUGUAUUUAUUCUACCGUGGAUUUACACCAAAAAUCGAUAUUCUUAUCGUAAAAGCAUUAAUAGAGGAAGACGCGAAUGAAAAAACUAUAAGCUUACGAAAAUUCUUCGAUAAGUAAGAACUUCCUUUUGUGAUAACUUUUCUAAUUUUAGUGUAAAUCGUCAUAAGCCAAAUUGAUGAAAUUCUUGUGAAAAAUCAUUUUGAGGGAAAGACUUGAUAAGACGUUUUCAAUAGGUAAUUGAUUAAAUUAAUGUACACAUAAUGUAUAGAUUCAAGUAUUAUUUUAUAAAUUGUUUCUUUUAAUAAAGAAAUAACGAUUUUGUAAUCUUCGCGAUGAUUCCAAUAGAAGUUUUGAGAAGUAAACUUCGGGCUUGCCAUUUUUAAAAUUAAAGAAUUAAACAUUUCCUUUAGGAAACCCAUGCCGUCGAAUUUUUGUAUGAUUAAAUUUAAUAUUUAUACAUGAAUAAAUUAAAAAGUAUGUAUAUAGAUUUCUUAUUCUAUUAUAGAUCUCUAGUUUCUUGUUAUAUAACUUUUUAACUACUUUUUUUAUAUAAACGUAUUAUACCAAUUUUUACUAUCUAUAUUUGUAUAAAUACAAAUCAUUAUCUUCAUUUAUCAGAUUUCAUACAUUUAUUUCACCAAUCUCUAUCAAGUUAUCAUUAUUAUUAAUCAUAUACACAGAAUCACCAUUUAUAUUUUGUACAGACGUAGUCAUUUUAAGUUACAUUUAUAAUGAUCUAAAAAUAUACAUCAGUGUUUUAAAUUAUUUAUUUCAAAAGGUUCACUAGUUACAGAAUUAUUAUGAUAAAUUGAGUUGUUAAAUGAGACUAUAAAUAUUAAAAUAACUCUGGAUGGCCCUGUGUUUAUUAAAUACAAAAUAAAUAUGAGAAGUAAAGCAUUACUUCAAUUAAGUAGUUU